AUGGCGAGAACUCGUUUCCUCUUGUCCUUAACAUUGUUGCUGGUCCAGAACUGCUGUGUGUAUAUGCCUAAGUUAACAAUAGGCGCAGUAGCAGCUCAAACCAACAUCAGCACAGAUGAAUCAGCUCUUCGUGCUCUCAAAGCCCAUAUCACUAGUGACCCUGAAAACAUCUUGACGACCAACUGGUCUACCUCCGAUUCCAAUAUUUGCAACUGGGUUGGCGUUACUUGUGGUGUACGCAACCUUAGAGUCACAGCCUUGAAUCUUUCUUACAUGGGUCUCACAGGCACCAUUCCUCCUCACCUGGGCAAUCUCUCAUUUCUUGUUCAGCUGGAAUUCAGAAACAACAGUUUUGGUGGUACGUUGCCCUCGGAAUUGUCUCAUCUUCGCAGGUUGAAGUUGAUUAGUUUCAGCUUCAACAACUUUGCAGGAAUCAUUCCAUCAUGGUUCGGGUCCUUAUCUGAACUUCAAACCUUCGAUUUGUAUGGUAAUCAAUUUUCAGGUUCCAUACCAAAUGAUAUAUUCAACUUAUCUGCACUGCAAGUACUUGAUCUAAGAAACAACCAGCUAUCCGUGAUUGAUUUAGAUGAUUUAGCAUCUGUCUUAAUACACCCCCUCAAGCUGAGCUUGGGAUCAACUGAUGAACCAAGAGGAAGCUUGGAUUUGAGAUAG